GUGGAACACAGGACAGACGAGAGUGAAGAAGAGGAAGAGGCAGUCAGCUAGGCCGGUCAGAAAGAACAGCAACAGCAAGAGUGUUGACAGUACCGUGAGGGAGUCGGGACGAGAAGCAGGCUGGAGAAAGAAGUGUAACCUGCCAAGAUGGCUUUGUUGCACCUCUCCCACCUUUACCGGAGCGUGGGUAUGCAGCGACAGGUGUUGCAGAAGUGGCAGCCCCUUAUGUAUGGGGGUGCCAGGUGGUGCAGUGAAGCAGCCAAGGACGUGGUUCCCGCAGCACAACAGCGGGGGGACAAAGGACCCAAUAACCUCGGCAGGCUGGGACUCACUGAUCAUAGAGUGAAUAGAUUUGAAAAAUUACUCCUGGUUUGGGGUGGCAAAUACAAGUCUGUUGCUGAUGUUCCAAAUUUAGUGAGCCAAGACGCGCUUGAACGAGCUCGUAACAAAGCAAGGAUCAAGAUCAACAUAAUGAUGUGUGUGGCAACCCUGUUGGGUUGCUUUGCAAUGAUCUAUUCAGGAAAGAAGGCUCGGGAUGCUGGGGAAAGUGUUGUCAAGACAAAUCUGGACUGGCACAAGAAAAUCAAUGAAGAAUAUAAGAAAGAACAAGAAGGACAGUAACUCAAAUACUCAUGAUUUCUGUUGGUUAUUAUUAGAGACUUCUGAAGUAAUGCAAUGUUUAAUUGAAUUUAUAAUUAAGGUAGUAAAUAAUAUUGUACAGAAUUUUUAGGUACAUUUGGUACAGAAGUUGCUAUAUCUUGAAUAUUUAUUUACUUCUUUAUUUAAUUUUUUUUACAUGGCUAUGAGCUUGUAGUGGACAAGAAAAGGCAUUUCUGGAAGUCCAGCAAUUUUUACAGCUUUAAAACUAAAUUUUGAUAUAGAUUAUCUAUAUUUCAAUAUUUUCAAUAUAUCUAUCUAUAUAUAUUUAUAUAGUUAGCUGGAAGCCCCUUUAAAAGCAAGUAGGCUAGGAAAGUGUUAUUGUGGGAAUAAACAUGGAGGAGGGCUCCCCACUUCCCUCUCACUUAAUUGGUUUUUACAACUUGCAAGGAAUAUGAUUCUUCCAACUUGGCUGGCAGGCUGUGCAGCAUGGCUGAUUUUUUUUUUUCAAUUUAUUUAUUUUUUUCACUUUCAGAGGGAAUUUAUAUUAAUUAAUGUAAAUUAAUUUUGUCUUUCAUGGGAUUUUUAGAUAAAUAUUUUUUGAUAAAUGCACACAAAAUUGUAUUUGUCAGGGAUGGUACAGCUCAAUAUAGUGUUCUUGAUUCCUAUGUAUGUAUAUCAUAGCAUUAUGCAAAGUAUUAAAGAUAUUUUUCCUAAA